AUGGCUUCAAUGGCACCUUCAAGCUCUUUCUGUAACUACCUCAAGUUUCGCACCAAACCCAAGAAUGGUAGAAGCAGUGCUUCCUCUCUUCCUCGCAUUCUGUUCUGUCAGAAACAGCACGAUGAGGUUUCCACCGACCAAAUCAACCGAAGAGAACUCAUAUUGAGAAGCAGUGAAAUAGCGACCCUUGGUGCCAUCUUGAACUUCAGUGGGAAAAAACCUGAUUAUCUUGGAGUGCAGAAAAACCCACCAGCAUUAGCUCUGUGUCCAGCAACUAAGAACUGCGUGUCAACCUCUGAGAAUAUCAGUGACCGCACACAUUAUGCUCCUCCGUGGAACUAUAACCCUGAAGGCAGGAAAAAUUCUGUGAGCAGAGAGGAAGCCAUGGAGGAAUUGAUCGACGUGAUUGAAUCAACAACACCAGACAAAUUUACGCCACGGAUAGUUGAAAGGAAAGAGGACUAUAUUCGUGUGGAGUAUAAAAGCUCAAUCUUGGGGUUUGUGGAUGAUGUUGAGUUCUGGUUUCCACCUGGUAAGGGUUCUACUGUGGAGUAUCGAUCUGCAUCUCGGGUGGGAAACUUUGAUUUUGAUGUGAAUAGAAAAAGAAUAAAGGCACUGCGACAAGAGUUGGAGAAGAGAGGAUGGGCAUCUCAAGACACGAUAUGA